ACGCAUAACAAAUUGGAAGGUCUAGAAAGCGUGGCUAGUAACCGAUGGAAAUUUCAUAAUUUUAACAGUAAUGGAGAAGCCACAGAUUAUUGCACAUGUUCAAAAGUCAUUGAAUUUUACGCUCUUUGAUACUAAGUGGAUUCCGUGUUCGGCAAAGUUCGUGGUUCUAGGAAAUCACCCUCGAGGGACGGGAGCCUUGCAAGUGUAUGAGGUAUCACAUGGGGAUGUGAAGCUGCUUCACGAGUCAGAGAAAUCAAGUUCAUUUAAAUGUGGGACAUUUGGAGCCUCGAGUUUGCAGCAAAGGAAUUUUGCCACAGGUGCAUUUGAUGGCAAGUUACAAAUAUGGGAUUUGGAGUCAAUGCAGAUUCCAAUAUAUUCUGUGAAAGGCCAUAAAGAGAUCAUAAAUGAUAUAGAUGGUGUUGGAGGUUUAGGCAUUGGGGAGGGUGCUCCUGAAAUAGUCACUGGAAGUAGAGAUGGAAGCGUGAAAGUGUGGGACCCCAGGCAGAAGAAUGAUCCUGUGGCAGCGAUGGAACCUGGAGAAGGUGAAGAUAAGAGAGACUGCUGGACAGUGGCUUUUGGUCAUGCUUACAACCAACAUGACCGUUGUGUCUGUGCAGGCUAUGACAAUGGUGACAUCAAACUCUUUGAUCUGAGAAAUAUGUCACUGCGAUGGGAAACAAAUAUAAAAAAUGGGGUGUGCUGUGUUGAGUUUGAUAGAAAGGACAUUAGUAUGAACAAGUUAGUUGCCACCACUCUGGAGUCCAAGUUCCAUGUAUUUGAUAUGAGGACUCAACAUCCAACAAAAGGGUUUGCAUCUCUCACAGAAAAGGCACACAAAUCCACUGUGUGGAAUGUGAGGCAUCUCCCUCAGAACCGAGAUAUCUUCAUGACCACUGGUGGAACUGGAACACUUUGCUUAUGGAAAUAUAACUACCCAGACAAAAGAGUGACCCAGGACUCGGACAAAGUGGACAUGGGAGUGGCAGGGACAGUAUCCCUCUUACAAAAUGUGACUAUGUCCACACAACCUAUAGCAUCACUGGAUUGGAGCCCAGACAAACAGGGACUCUGUGUCUGUACAGCCUUUGAUCAAGUCCUUCGGGUUGUCAUAGUAACAAAACUGAACAGGCAUCUCUGAUGACAAUCCUAUAUGUGCUGUUGAUUUGAUAUACUCUCAGCUAUCAGAUGAUGGGAAUUGUGGAAAGAAUCUUUUUGUUGAGUUGACCUUUUCAACCAGUGGAUCUGUAAACACACACACACACACACACACACACACACUGUUGUUGACCAGUUCUCUAACUCAGAAUUAUCAGUUACUGUGAUAACUUCAGGAAAAUCCAGUAUAAGAGCAGAAGGCUUAGACAUAGAAGACGCUCUUAAUGUGUCCUGCAGUGAUCUUAUCUUAGUAAACAGCUUGUUAAAAAGUCUGCCUGGGAGAAGAGGUGAACUGAGAAUUGCAGGAGAAUUAAAAUGCCCAAUUGGUGAUCAAGGGGUGGUAACAAAUUUAUCCCACUCCCAAUCCCUUCUUUAUGUCUUUAGUCUGCUAGUGUUGGAUGAUCUCAAGUUUAUAUCCUGUACCAGAUGUAGUUUAAAAUAAAGUCGGUUCUGAAUA